AACAUCACAUGCAGCUGCGACACAGAGGGGCCCUGUGAGAGCAGCUGCCUGGAUUUUACCUCCCGGGACCGGAAUAGUUGAAGCAGGGUCCAUGGAGGAGCUGGAGCCAGAGGAGCAGUUCCUGCAAUUUGCACGGAACGGCAAUCUGCCGGGGAUUCAGAGGCUCCUCAUGUCCAAAAUAAAAGAAGAGACGAAGAUUAACAUAAAUUGCAAAGGUAAGAGAAAGUCCAACCUGGGAUGGACGCCUCUUCACUUGGCCUGUUACUUCGGACACAAAGAUGUAGUGGAAGAAUUACUAAAGGCGGGUGCAGAUGUGAAUUUGCCCAAUAAUGUCGGCGAUACACCGCUGCACAAAGCUGCCUUCACAGGAAGAAAGGAGGUUGUCAUGCUGCUGCUGCACUAUGAUGCAUGUGCUACUGUCAUCAAUGGGACAGCACAGAUACCCAAAGAUGUCACUCAGAAUGCAGAGAUCAGAAGCAUGUUAGAAGCGGCUGAGAGAACAGAGGAGAGGAAACUGGAGGAGGAACUUUUGGAAGCUGCCCGAGAAGGAGACCUUUCAACUCUAACUCAGCUGCUCAGCAGGAAGAAGACCCCAGAUAUCAACUGCACAGAUCUGCUGGGAAACACUCCGUUGCACUCGGCAGCCUAUCGAGGCCAGAAGCAGUGUGCCCUGAAGCUGCUCAAAAGUGGAGCCAGCCCUAACAUCAAGAACAAGAAAGGCCAGACAGUGUUUGACUUGGCAAGUGACACAGCAAUGAAGCUGCUCCUUGAAGCCAGCGUUCAUCGGGGUGUGACAAGACAUGUCAAGAAGUACGAGGGACUUCUCUGGAAGAGCUCCAGAUUUUUCGGCUGGCGCUCAUACUGGGUCGUCCUUCAGGAUGGCGUCGUGUCCUGGUACUCAAAACAGUCAGAUGCAGCUGCCAAUGUCAGGAGGCAAGGCUGUAAGUCGCUCACACAUGCUCAGUGUUUGAUCCGAGCCAAAGACAGCUGCUUUUUUACCCUCAAGUGCUUCGAUGACAGCGUGCAUCACUUCAAAGUAUCGACUAAUACCGACCCAGAGGGAGCAAGAAAAGCUUGGCUGGACGCACUGGAGGAGCACUCGGCUUACAGCACACACUACUGCUCCCAAGAUCAGGGCAGCGAGGAGGAAGAGGAGGAAGUGAUGUCACUCGGGGAGCUAACAGACUCACUACAGGCAGCGGAGGCCAGCCAGAAGAAACUGGAGAAGGAGGUGGAAGCUUUUCUCUCCAUGCUGAAAAAGGACGGGCUGGCAGAAAGUUUUCCAUCUGACAUACCGCAGAAAUUGCAGGAAAUCUGCGAGUUGUCCAGUGACACCAGUUCAAGUCUCAGUGUCUGUCUCAGCCUCCUCUCCAAACAGGAAGGGGUGCGCACUCUGAAAUUGGAGCAGGAGGUAGAGAAAAAUAAGAUCCUCUCCGAGGCGCUACAGACUCUCGCCACGGAGCACCACGAACUUGAGCAAUCUGUCGUCAAGGGAUCUUCACCGCGGAGUGCCCUCAGCGAGGAUGAGUUCCACGACGCCGUGUCUGAUUCGGACUCGGAGAUCUCCCUGAGCGGCUUUGAGACGGUGGCCAGCCAUUCCUUUGAGGAGGACGAGGAGGAGGACGAAGGCUCUGUCAUGUUAAGCAGCCCUUGCAGCAGCCCCACCAGCAUGUUGCGGGAGGAUCACCAUGGCGACAAAGACGAGACUCAACCCAACGGGAUCACAAAGCAUAGGACCAGCUUACCUGCACCGAUGUUUUCAAGAAAUGACUUCAGUAUUUGGAGUAUCCUGAGGAACUGCAUCGGAAUGGAACUCUCCAAAAUUACAAUGCCGGUGAUUUUCAACGAACCGCUCAGCUUCCUGCAGCGUCUGACAGAGUACAUGGAGCACACUUACCUCAUCCACCAGGCCAACGCAUCCUCCGACUCUAUUGAGAGGAUGAAGUGUGUGGCUGCGUUUGCGGUGUCUGCUGUGGCUUCUCAGUGGGAGCGGACAGGUAAACCCUUCAACCCUCUGCUGGGAGAAACUUAUGAAUUGGUCAGAGAGGAUCUGGGCUUCAGGCUCAUAUCGGAGCAGGUGAGCCACCAUCCUCCAGUCAGCGCCUUCCACGCUGAGGGCCUGAAGCAAGACUUUGUGUUUCAUGGAUCCAUCUAUCCUAAACUCAAGUUCUGGGGCAAGAGUGUGGAAGCAGAGCCGAAAGGCGUCAUCACGUUGGAGCUGCCCAAGUACAAUGAAGCCUACACAUGGACAAAUCCCACAUGUUGUGUUCACAACAUCAUUGUGGGUCAGCUGUGGAUUGAGCAGUAUGGAAAUGUGGAGAUCAUCAACCACAAAACUGGUGAAAGGUGCUGCCUGAAUUUCAAACCGUGUGGCCUUUUCGGCAAAGAACUGCACAAGGUUGAAGGGUAUAUUCUGGAUAAAAGCAAAAAGAAGCUGUGCGCUCUCUAUGGGAAGUGGACAGAGUGUCUGUAUGUCGUCGACCCCGCUGCCUUUGAAGCGCACAAGAAAAACGACAAGAAAGCGGCAGGAGAGAGAAAAGGCAGCAAAGCGGGCUGCAGCGAGGAUCAGGAGGAGGUUCCCUCUCCAGCUGCGGACACUGUGGAGAUGAUUCCUGGCAGCCAGCUGCUGUGGAGAAUCGCACCCAGACCAGCCAACUCCGCCGAGAUGUACAGCUUCACGUCGUUUGCAAUGCAGCUAAACGAGCUGCAUAAGGAGAUGGAGGGAUGCAUUCCUCAGACCGACUGCAGGCUGAGGCCAGACAUACGAGCCAUGGAGAACGGUGACAUCGACCUCGCCAGCGAGGAGAAGAAAAGGCUCGAGGAAAAACAGAGAGCUGCUCGCAAAAACCGCUCAAAAUCUGAUGAAGAGUGGAAGACGAGGAGUCCUGCCCUGGGCCCAAGAUGGUUUCAGCAGGGGCAAAACCCCCACACCAACUCCCAGGACUGGCUCCAUUCAGGUGGAUACUGGGACAGGAAAUACAGCCAGCUGCCAGACAUUUACUAAUGGACAUUUCCUGCAGAGAGAGAAAUUAGCACCAUACAGUGUCCUUCGUACGAAGCAGCAUUAACUAUCUUUUUUUUUAAUGGAAUAGCCACGGUAACUACAAACAUUAUGCAACUUAAACUGCGUGGCCUUAAUCUACUUUAUGACAGUGAAACUGUGCAUAGUAAAUGUCAGUAAUCAAUAUUUUAAAAUUAUGAAAUGUAAAGUUGUUUGCUUUAAAAUGUAGCAUUUGUAUUUACGUUGAGAUUGUUUCCAUUCUUCUAGCACAUUAUGCUAAAAAGUUUGUGAUUUUAGUGUCCAUCUGUCUUCUUUUUAAAUGUUCAUAGUAGUGUUUUGACUCUAAUUGUAUAUCUGUGUACAUACUUUACACAAAUCCAACCAAAAGUGACCUCAUCAUGUCAAUCACAUUCCCACUGGACUCCCAACUUACAAAACCACGAGCUCUCAGUAAAUAUGACGUGGAUGUCAUUUCCAUUCAUGUACUUUGCCUUGUAGAAAAAAACCCAACAUCCUCACAAAAAAAGAACAGUAUAUUUUCUGUAUCAAUAUUAUUCUUGACUGGCACUUGUUUUGUUUUGUCCACUGAAUUCUGUGUCUGCUGUGCUCAGAAUUUCAUAAAGCAAACACAAGAUUUAAGCUCUGU